CUUCGGUACGUACUGAACCAGCGACCGCGUUUAGAGGCCCUCUCGCUCUGCUUGCUUGCAGCUGGGGCCGCUCGUAAGACGUGGAGAGUGAAGGUAAUAAUCACGUUGGACGCGAGCGGCCUCCGUCGGCCUCGACGUAAGUCCCUUCGAGCGUGCCGAGAGUUUGUGGGGAGCUGACACGUUUUCGCGACAGGCAACUCCGCACUGCCGUUAAAGCAGAAACAGUCGUACACGUUCAGCGACGACUGCCGGCCGGACCCCACUCGGAUAAGAACGGAGGUAGUAUCCACGCUUACGAAGGCAACAAACCAUCACCUCAGGUUCCCAAUACACACGAAAUUCGCACCUGACCAUUUCUGACAAGUCCAACAUGGCCGUCGUCGACGUACGCCUACCCAAUGGCCCACUGUACCAGGACAUGGACGGUGUAAUACGGCUAAGCCGAAACUUCACUGUCGAAAUGCUGCGCUCCGCGCUCAAUUAUAAGCCGCAGCCAGACGACAAGUUCGUCGUCACGUAUCCAAAGUGCGGAACAACGUGGACACAACACAUUGGCUUCUUGAUCUUCAACAAAGGCGUGCCUCCAUCCAGUGGCCUGGAGUUCUUCAACAGGAGCCCCUUCAUCGAGAUGAUAGGUGCCGACAGUGUGCGUGACAUGACACGUCCCGGAGUGAUUAAAACGCACCUCCCUUACCACCUCAUGCCCAUGCAUCCGCAGGCCAAGUACCUCUACGUCUGCCGCAAUCCUAAGGACACUUGCGUGUCCAUGUUCUACCACACACGGGGUUUCACCGGAUACGACUUCGCCGACGGCAAGUUCGACGACUUUUUCGAGAUCUUCGUCUCCGGUGAGACCGACUACGGGGACUACUUCGACCACGUUCUGGGUUGGUACGAGCACCGCAACGACCCCAACGUCCUCUUCUUGCACUACGAAGACAUGAAGGCCCAGCCGCGAGAGAGCGUGCUCAAGAUAGCCGAGUUCUUCGACGAGACCUACCACAAGUUGCUGCUGGCCAACGAGGACAUCCUUCAGAACGUGAUCAAAUACAGCGACGUCAAAUCCAUGAAGGACUACGCCUUGCAGAACUUCACCAAUUUCUUCACCAAGCAAAUAGAGGGAGAAGCGCCCGAGGGUCUCAGGGUCUUCCACGAGGUUUCGCAGAAGAAUCCUUCUACUGCUAGCUUCAUCCGCAAGGGCAUCGUCGGAGACUGGAAAAACCAUUUCUCGCCAGAACAGAACGCCAGGCUGGAGAAGAAGAUUAUGGAGCGACUAUCCGACACGAAUUUGGUGGACUGUUGGCGAAAGCAUGGUGUUAUGUAGACGUUUUGUGGCAAUAACAAAGUGCGUCAGCUCACAGUGACCACGAGUGCUUUAUCAAGUAGCAGAAUUCCCACUCGAAGUAGCGCCCAUGUUUGAACUUCCCUCAUCUCGUAAAACUAGGUCAGACGUCUUUACUUUCAGGAACACACUUUCUUUGCGCUCAUAACUGCAGUGUAGCUCAAAAACACCUUCUUAAUCUUCCAGCAGACGUGGUUAGGCCACUUCCCUCGAACAAAUCGGUCACAAACGAAGAUCUUGAAUUGGCAGCUGAGCUGCUGAAGCAUUACAUCCCUAGCAAGAGAGCUGUUUUAAUAUGAUUAGUAUUCUUAUGUUACUUCAAGGACUUUCUUGGGCAGUCUGUUUCUUCCCCACACAAGCUUUGUUCACUAUCAAUGAGAAGCAUCCCUUACCAAGAUACAAAAGGCCCAGUGUGAAGUGACGCACCGUAACCGACAUGUGGAAUGUACGCAGGACGUCGUGUACAGAAUUCUCUUGACCUGUGCCGUAUGCUGCGUGGGCCAGACCAACAGGUGCUUAAACGAUCUCCUGCGAGAGCAUGCCAACAAUGUUAUAGGAACGGAAGGGAAGAUUUUUAGCCCUACAUUGUAGCCCACGCAGCUGCGCCCCCGUGCUUGAGCAAACAAAAGAAUUUUUUAAGCACGUGGACGACCGCACGCGCGUAGUUGUCGAAUCAGCUAGCAUGGUACGUGAAAGAUACCCAUGCAUAUAAGUAAGCCAUGUCUGGUCUUAUCGCAAAGGGAGUUUGCAUUUCUAGACAACGUCGGUGCGAACAGUGGGCGACGAUGAUAUCUCUGUUUUAUGUCGCACUUUCGCGUCUUCUUUUCUUCUGUUUUUCUAUAUAAACUUCUUUGUCAAACAAUAAAAUUUCAAUUGG